AUGAACUCUAAGAAGAACCAUUUAAACAAAGUCGGCAGGCAAACCGGGAAUCCCAAUUUGGGAAGGAAAAACAAUUCCUAUAAGGGAAGUACCUAUGGACAGACGAACGGAGGGAAGGUUUUCAAGUUCAUGAGCGACUUGAAGUAUAAUGGCUACGGUAAGAAACUGGACGGGACGCAUUCUGACAAGAGCUCUAGCACAAGUCGCAAUGGAAAAGGCUACGGUGUAAGUAGCAAAGGAAAAGGAAAAAAAGUGGAGCAUGAGAUGGGUGAGGAGGAAAAGGACGAUGAGGAGGAUGACGAGGAAGAUGGAGAAGAUUCUGACGAGUAUGAGGAUGACAUGGAGGAUGAGGAGGAAGAUGAAGAAAGUGAAGAAAGUGAAGAGGAUGAGGAGGAUAAUGACGAUGAUGAUGAUGAUGAUGAUGGUGAUGACGACGAAGAGGAAGACGAGACGAACAGCAGUGAAACGAGCGAAUUCUCCGUGAAAAAGAAAAGAAAAGAAAAGAAGCUACAUAAAAAUGACAACUUCUACGAAGGAGUAGAAACAUCUAGUACAAAAAAUAAAAUGAAUCCAAAAAAUUAUAAUUCCGAUUAUUACGAUAUUUACUCAAACAUAUAUUCAUAUUAUGAUAUUUUUACUGAAGAUAAAAAUGAAAAAAAAAAAUAUAAAUAUUUUAAGGACGUUUUUUCCAAUUUCGAUCACAAGUAUGAAAAUAAGGAAUAUAAUUACGGGGUGGAUUUAAGCAAAAAGCUGCAAGAAAAACACAUCCCCAUUAUCCAUUCGAACAGAGGAGGAAACCAUUUUGAUAAACCCUAUACUAAGGAAGACAGGGGAAACGCCUCCCCUCCCAUUUCGAAUAUCCCCGCUGCGGAACAUAUCAACUCAAACAGCGCGGGCGGAAGUGCUAAACUCGGUAGUAACAUCAACAUUGCCUUUUUGAGCAAUAAAAUUUUCCGAAAUGGUGAUGGCAAAAACUCACGGGGUCGUAAGGAAAAUGCGGAUAAUAGAGACGGCAACGAUAACAAUAACAGUACUGAUGUCGCCGCUACGAUGAGUGACCUGCACAAUGAGUUCUAUGCCGGAAGUGGCUCCCUGAAGACGAAGCGCAGCAACUUGAAAAAGAGUGAAGCGCAUAAAGACUCAGUGCUCAAAAGUAACAAAAAGAAAUUCGUUCCUUUGAAAAAGAAAAAGAAAAAAAAAAGCACCAGUGAAGAUAUCAGUAUGAACGAUAGGGAAAAUUUGAGCUCGCAAUUUAGCACGAACCACAGUACUAACCCAAUUUCUGCUGUCAGUGCUACCGGGAAUGCCUCCACAAAUGCGAACCCCAAUGUGACUGAAUUUAAGAAGAACCUUGGCCAUCCGAAAAACGGCGCGGAGGAUAUUUACGGCAAGUACGACUUUUCAGACCUUAGGCGAAGCGCGAAUAACGAAAAGGUGAAGAAGAAGUUUAGUCACCCUGUGGACGAUGUCGCCAGUAUUGCUAAAAAGUCAAAGGGCAGAAGUAAUAAAAAACCCGACCUCUUUGACAACCAGGAAAAUAGUGAAGCCAGCAGCGCCACCAUUUAUGCGAAAUAUGCGAACCCAAUGAAGGGGAGGGGUAAGUCGCACAUGGAUGCGGAAAGUGGCACCACACACCGGAAAGGCAGAAUCGACAAUGUCAACAACGUAAGUAACGCCAGUGAUACAAGCAACCUGAGCAACCCCAGCAACAUCAGCCUCGAUAGCUCGUGCUCCAUCGAGCUCGACGAGCCCCUGGAAGAGGGAAAAGUGGCUGACGUGAAAAAAGAAGGAAACUUGAAAUUUUUAAAAAAUCCAACUAAAAAGCGAAUGAACAAGCUAAAAAAAAUCCUAGAAAUUCUGGAAUAUUCCAUCUACAAUGAAGAAAAGAAAGGAUCUAAGUUGGAGUCAAAGUUGUACGAUUAUGUGCUAUUGACGAAGAGCCUCAAACAAGAAAUUGCUAAUCUGGAGGAACUUAACAACAGCAAUAAGAGCAAAAUGGCUAACUAUGAAAAAGACAUAACCAAGCUGAAGGAACAGAACGAAGAAAUGAAACUAACUCUUUCCACAUUCGAAAAUGAACUAAGCAGUUUAAUAAACAAAUUUGAUAAAAACUUUGCGAAAGAAUUAAUCGACACAAAGACACAGAACGAUGUGUUGAAGAAGGAAGUCGAGAAACUUAAAAUGGAGAUCGAGAAAAAAAACAACGAAAUUAAGAAGAUGGAAAAUUGGAAUGACAUGUCGAAGAAGCUUAAUGGGGACAAUAUAGUAAUGCAAGGAGGAGAAGGAGUAGUGCCCUGUUCUGUAAACACAUCGGGCAUGAACAGUACAGGUACAACAAAUGGUCCAUUGAAUAAUGGGAAAAUGGCCAAUGGGGUUGUUAGCUCCCCCAAUGUAGAAACAACCGGCGGUAACAGAAUCGCUGCGUUAGGUGAUAAGAGUGAACAGGGAGGAGUCCCGGGAGGAAACCCCCUGGAGAAGAACCUCAAAGAACCAAUCACCACGGUGUACGAGUUCCCAUUCUACUACGGUACCAGUGAAGACAUUGAGCCAUCCAUUGUUGACGAUUUAAUAUUAAAAAUGAAAACUAUCAGGAUCGUGUAUGAGAAAAAUAUCGAAAGGUAUGAUGAUGACACCAAGGCAACAAUCUACGGUUGUUACAUCUCAAACUUCAUUUUAGAAAAUAAAGAUAUAUGCAAUCACAGGAAGGUAUUGAAACAUCUACAGGAGCAUUGUCUAGUGGAGUCCAAAAUGCUGAAUGUGCAUUUAUCCCUACGCAGGGAAAGGUGCGACAAUGUGCCUAUUAAAGAACUGGAAAAGGAAGUUAUAAGGCAGCUCGAAAAUCCAGACUCAGACAAAAACAAAGAAAAGGUGGCUCUCAUCAACUCUAUUAUGCUAACCCUUCUUUUUAAAAAUAUGCACCUUUAUAAUUUAUAUCGUUUAUUCGUAACUUGCUUAAAGUGUGAUAAUUUUCGCUGGAUACGUUUGAUGAAGAAGUCGCUCUUUUUGAAAUUUUUCGACUUGUGUUUGAUUGACUCUAAUGUGAAAGGAAAUAUGCACCUCCCGAACGUGAAGGAGGCGCAUCUGAUCCAGGUUCCACCGGAAGAUGCACUACCAGACCCGCAAGGGAAUGUACCCAUGGAGAAUCCCCAUCAAGUGCAGUACAAUAUAAAACACCCCAUGUUCUACUGCUCCAACGAAACACUGAAGAGACUAAUUUCGAGCAUGUUCCUGAACUUUGCCAAGGACCCAAUCAACCCUCAAAACUGUGACAACAUAUACCACUAUGUGUUACAGAAGAAGAACUUUGACCUGCUGAAAUUGCUGAAGUUAUCUGGAAAAAAUUACAACUAUAUAUUUAAUAAAAAUGGAGAGAACAAAACUCCACUAGAUUACCUAGAUAAUGAAGACAUAAGAAUUGAUCUCAUUUCUGGGUACAUCCUAGACAUAGCAGGAAAGGGAGCUGAUAAUUAUAAGAACGCAAAGUAUGAGGUAGCCUUCGAACUGUACAGUGAGGCACUGGAGAAACAAAUAAAACUUUCAGAAUCUGUUAGGAUGGGUAAAUCAAUGAAUGAAAAUAUAGGAAAGCUUUAUUACAACAGAGCUAGGACAUUAAUGCACCUGAACAAAUGGAUCGACGUUAUUGAAAAUUGCAACAACUGCUUGAAAUAUAUUCCAAAAUAUAUUAACGCCUUUGAUACACAGAUACACGCAUACGAAAAUUUGUUGGAAUAUGAAAAUGCCCUCACGACGUAUAAAAAUAUGUGUAUGAAAUGUAACAUAAAACCGGAUGAUAAAGAAGAGAAAUUAAAGUCACAAAUAAAUGCAACGUCUUUUCAAAUUCUAAAUGUUAAUAGGAAUUGUUCCGUUGCAGAAAUCAAGCAAGCCUUCUCCAACUUAUCAAAGAAAUGGCACCCUGAUAAACUUGGCAUAAAUAGUAGUCCAGAUAUUAAAAAAAGACACAACAACCACUUUAAGCGACUGUUUAAGGCCAAGCAACUUCUCCUGAAUGAUGCCGAAAGGAUGAAGGAAAAGAAGAAAAAAGAAACCAACUAUGUGUAUCCUCAAAUUAUUGAAGAUGUUAACAACCAUUCACAGGGUAAUAACAGAACGAGUUCGCAUAAUAGGCAGAAGAAAGCGGCCACCACAGGUGAUAGUGUAAACGCGCCAUCUCAGCAGAAAGAUGGUAAUGUUACAAACAAUUCAAGAAACACGAAUCACAAUGCUAGUACCCCUCAUAAGGAUGGCGUAGGAGGUAAUGCAGAGCAUCCCCCCGUUAACACGAACGCAGGUACAUUUAAUAACUCAACGAAGGAUACGUCCACUUUUUCUGGCGAAGCCAAGAACAACUUCUACCACACGUACAAAGACGACAUAGACAAAUUUCAGGAGAAACUAAAAAAUUUCAACAAAGGAUUGAAUAGCGAAUCGGAGAACAACAAAAAUGGCAACCCCUUCCUCAACCUCUUUGAUGGGAAACUCACCAAUCUGAAUAACGAAAAAGUGGAUGAAAAUUUUUACAAGAAAUUGAAAGAGGAAUAUGAAGGACUCUCCGACGAUGAAAUCACCAAUUUUAAAACAAAAAUUUCAAACUCCAUUAACAAUCUAAUUCAGACGGAACUCAACUUGAAGAGAGAAUAUCAGGAGCUCUGCAUAAAGGAAAAGACAAAUGUCAUUAUGAAUGCCCGCUUGUGCAUUUUGCAGGAGAUACAGAAGGCCUUGUGUGUGCGAUUGGACAAAGAGAGAAAACUGAAAGUUUUGGAUAGCAUAAUUAAGGGAAGAAAUGGAGAACAAUCAGCUAAUCAGGCCAAGGCAAAUGAGGGUGUUGACGCUACGGCAGAGGAAAUCCCCCGUGAAUACGAAAGGGAUGUCCCUCGAAUUGGCAGAAGUGAAGGGUAUGCUCCUGAUACACAAGGAGAGGAGGAAAAGGAUUACUUACAAAAGAACUCAUCCAAGUUUGCAAAUGGCGGAUCCCAAGCAGACGAGAAAUGGGAAAACUCCAGAAGGAAAAGCAACGCCGAUGAUAAUGAUGAUCGCUUCUUCGAAGACGCCGCAUUUUUUCGAGAUGCGCAGAAUACAAAGGGGGACAGCGGAUUGGCGUCGGCAGAUCGAAAGAAGGGAAACGCUGAGGGAAGUGAUGAACAUGGUUUGGAAGGCGAUCAUUUCACGGAUGGUAGUAACGAUGAUUCCUAUGGCGGUGGAUCCGGUGUGCAGCGUGCCAAUAAACGAAACGGAGAUCAAAUGGAACACCCAAAAAAUACGCAGAAAGAAGCGGCGGAAAAUAAAAUGCACGAAGACGCCGCCAAGGAGUUCUUCCACGAUGACGACAGGGGAUAUUUUGAGGACAACGAAAAAAAUAAAAACACUCCAAGUGGAAGUAGCAACGGUUGUGGAGGGGGGGACAAUGUCGAUCACAGAAAUAGGAGAAAAAAAAAAAGCGCAGAAUUUAACGACAACAACGUACAAUGGGAGGAAGGCGAAACGCAAACAGGUGAGAGCAAAAAAAAAAACGAAAAGAACAAAAUGGCCGCAGAGAACAAUGACAAUGAGAACUUCAUAUUUUGGGAUGAAAAGGGGAAUGCCCAUCACGAAGGGAAGGAGACUUCAUACAACUUCGAGGCUGCUGAUAUAUUCCAAGGGAAAAAUGAAGGGAAAACUCAAGUGAAAAAUGACAGCAAUAACUUCUUCGAAAGCGUCAGUGCUAAUCAGUCGAGUCAGAUCAACCAACAAUUUAGGCACUCCAACGGACUACCGGGGGAGUGCAGCUCCAUGGGCGAAUAUGAAAAGAGUUUUACUGGUGAUAGAUUAGAAGAAAAGAAUUUUUUUUUUUCAAGUAAGGGCAACAAAGGGAAAAACACCCUGAACAAUACAGUGGGGUCGUUUUACGAUGGAAAUGCUGAACAGCCAAAUGGCAAUGAGAACGACCAUUUUCCCCAAAGGGUAAAGGAGCAGAUGACGAAAGAAGAAGUAGAUGGAGGGGAAGAUGAUGUAGAAAGUAACGGGGCAAUGACGAGCAGUCACGCUUUCGCAAAAUCGAUGUGUGAAAGGGGCCCUUUUGAUUUUCCCCACGGUGGCAAUUACGAUUACGAGUUGGAAAGUCGCGCCCGUGAGGGGGGUGUCGCGGGGGAGAGUAGGCAUGCCAGGGAGGUACACACCGAAGGGGGGGAUGCCCCAAAUGUCGGCUCGGGGAUCAGCGCGAAUGCCAACUCGCACAAAGUGAAUUUCCCGAAUGAGGAGGAUGCGUACAACUACCAUAGGGAGAGAAUGAAAGAUAUCAUGGGAACCGCAAAUGGAACGCCUGGAAAUGUGAAGAAGGUCUCGAAGAACGGUAGCAACAGUUCCUAUGAUAACGAGCAAAGUGACGGAGAAGAGGAUAUUCAGCAAGGCCUAGGGAGGAUGACAAAGAACGGCAUGCCAAAUAACAGCGUGCCAAAUAAUCUCGUCCCUGGUAGCUCCUUCCAGUAUAAUAACAAUUUUCAUGUGGACAGCUCCAUUGAUAAGAACAGCGAUGAUGGUAUCCUUAGAAAUGACACCUACGGAACGACGAAUCAGCAUCAUGUACACGGCGUAGGAAUAAAGCAUCUCCCCCCAAAAGUAGCAGAUCAUAAAGAACAGGACAAUAACAUAAACGGUGAAGAAAACGACCCAAUUAAAUAUUCCAACACCUUGAAGAAGGAGGAACAAUUCGCAGACAUGCGAUUUCCCGGUAGCAAUAGCUACGUGCGCAAAGGCGUCGACCAAAAUAUGUUUAACCUACUUAACAUGGACGCCAACUUAGCAGGAAGUAACUCCUCAGGAAAUUUGAAUUCGAUUUACGCAGAGAAAUUUAUGAAGAAAAAUUUAAUGUACUCUAAUGACGCAGUGGACAGAGAGAGGAGGCGAAGUAGCUUCAAGCAACAGGUGGGCACAAAGUAUGCCAGCGAUGGGGAAGAAGUAGCAAAGGGCGAAAAAUUUUAUGGGCUCUAUAAUGAUAAUAUUGUAGGUCACAGCAGUGGGGGCACUAACGCAAGUGGGGACCACCAGGUGAACAACUUCGAUCCCCCGUUUUUCAGCCAACCCGCGCAUCUUUCCCAUGACCCUCCCUCAAAUGGAAGAAAAAAUGGACAUAGGAACUCAACCACACGUAGGGAUAGCAACAACGACGAAGCUUUUGCCAAUUUAAACAGCUAUAAGUAUGACCAGGAAAUUGAAACACAACACCAGACGCCAAUUCGCAUGUCGCAGCAGGGAUACAAGAAUGCAGAAGGGGGAAUCUUCCAUAACAACUCCAACAGCGAUGGGCACUACACCAACGAACGGUAUGAAGAAAAUUAUCAACAAGAGCGGGGAUACAACCGUUACUACGCACCCGAUGAGGAAGAAGACACACCUAAUGGUCCAAACAAUGACGAUGAUAAAAAUUUUUUCCAAACAGAUAUUAACACAAAUCACAGUAAUACAAAUAAUCUGUAUGAGAAUGAUAUGAACAAUCCAUUCCCUGAAGAAAUAGACUCCAAAGAAAAUAGCUUCCCCUUCGAUGACAAUAAUUUCCCGAACAGCAGUUCCAACUUUUAUGAAAAUCAUCUGAGCAAGUCAUACAAUUAUGAAAAUGUAAAAUUGAGAAAUUCACUUAUGUACAUGAAUGAAAAUGAAGAGAAAAAUAAAAAUUUGAAGAAAAUAUUUUCGAAUGAUUUAACUUCCAUUUCAAUGGAUAAAGAAUUUAAUCAGAACAGUAAAUUCUCAUUCAAUCAGAAAGUGGAGAAAAACAAAGUGAAAAAUGGCAAAGGAAAAGUUCCAAGUGAGGAAAAUAAUUAUGUCAAGUUGAAGAUGUCUUCCUUAGAUAAAGUAAGCCCCAAUGUUGAUGCGAGUAAAGCCAGGCCUUUUGUUUUAUCGUCGGGCUUAACGAUGGGGGCUACCUCUACCCCUGCUGCUCUACCCGUCGAAGGUUCUCUACCGAAAAAAAUUUUUAAAAAAAACGUGAACGCAGAUGACAAGCAUAAGGCGGUCGAUCAGAUGAAACGGGGCAAGGGAAAGGCCACGGACAGCGCUGUAACGAUCGGCAGUAGACAGAACAAGUGA